AGUAGGUAUGGUUUGCUACCAUGCCUGUGUCCAACGUGUCCUCAUCACUUGCUGAAAUCAACCGAAGAUAUGGGAUUAAGCCAGAGUUCUAUGACUAUACUCCCUUUUAUGUUACGAUCACUAUCUGCACCAUAAUUGGUUUGAUCUUGAUUUUGGUAAACUGGAUCUGCAGUUGCUGUCACGAACAUUCUAAGUACUGGAGUGACCCUGACACUGGCAAUCGCUUUGCCUCCCUGAUCUUUAUCCGCAAGACCAAGCAGCGACCAAUGGAUGCCAUCCUUUAAUACGCUUGAUAUUUCCCUACUGCAAAUGAUGGUAUUUUUUGUGUUCUCUCAAUUUAAUAUUGUAACAAAUGCCCAUUUUGGUGUUUUUGCACUCGGAAAAAUUUUGAUUGAGAGAUUUCACAUAUAGCUGUUGCAAACUAGCUUAUUGUGCCAUCAAAUCAAAAUG